UGUUCAUCUUGUUAAGUCAACUCUGGUGAAUCCUCUCUCACACACAAAACGUCACAUGAAAUUUACCUUAAAAAAUAACAAAUAAAUUUUAUUUAAAUUAUCAAACAAUUUUUACAGUUGACACACAAAAACAAGUUAUUGUUGUUGCUAACGACAGCUGACAUGAAGGACUAAAAUAAUGCUUGAAAAACUAAAUGAAUAUGAAAAAAUUCAUGUUGUAUUGGGAAAUGAAACUUGUGAUUUGGACUCGGCAGUUUGUUCAAUUGUCCAGGCAUAUUGGAUUUAUCAACAAUGUCAAAAUGAAAAUAUUGAUUUUCCACCUGUAUUACCAAUUUUAAAUGUUCCCAAGAGUAAAUUUAAUAUCAAAACAGAAGUGACAUAUUUUUUUAAAUUAAAUGGUAUCCCAUUGGAGUCAUUAAUUUUUCGUGAUCAAGUGGACCUUAAGGAAUUAAAUGAUAGAAAAAAAUUGGUACUAUAUCUUGUAGAUCAUCAUACGCCUAGUGAACAUGAUAUGUCAUUGGCAGACUCAGUUGUACAAGUAAUCGAUCACAGACCCCAAGACCCGAAUUGGCUUUGGACAGGCAGAGUUAUUAAUUUAACAAAAGUCGGCAGUUGUGCAACUCUCAUUGCUAAAAAUAUUAUUGAAAAAAAUAAAAGUUUUAUAGAUCAACAAAUUGCCAGUUUAUUAAUCGGUCCAAUAUUACUUGAUACCUGUAGUUUAUCUCCAGAAGCAGCACGUGCAACACAAACUGAUAUUGAAAUAAUUGAACAACUUGAAUUAUUAGCAAAUUUACCAUCAACAAAAGAUCAUCGUGAAACAUUACAUUCACGUAUUUUAAAUGCUAAAAGUGAUAUUAGUACACUUACACCAAAUGAUCUUAUUUUAAAAGAUCUUAAAUUUGUUAAUGGUAUACCAAUACCUGGAUUUCCGAUUCUCGUACAGGAAUUCUUGAAUUUAAAUCGUGCCCUGGAUGCCGUAAACUCGUUCACAAGCGAAAGGGAAUGCAGAAUCACAAUUUUACUUGGAAUGGAUUUUAAGGAGGACGCGGUGAAACGAGAUCUUGCAGUCUUUUCCUUCUUGCCCAAUGAACUGGAAAAUAAAAUAAUUGAAGCAUUAAAUAAUAAUUCAUCAAAAUUGGAAUUGACACUUGUCGAGACAAUGUCAAAAGAAAAUUGGUGCCUGAGGCUUUACAAACAAGCAAAUGUACGGGCAACACGCAAACAAAUACUCCCUAUAAUACAAAAUGCAACGAGCCAGUCGUCAAUGUUGACCAUGUAACAUUAUUCCUUUGUCAAUUUUGCCAGUUCCUCUUUCACUUAAUACAUAGCUUUUACAAACUCAUAUUAAAAUGUUAAAUUAAUUAAGAGGCUCCUUAUCUAAUUACAUAAUGAUUUCACAUUAUUCUCAUCUUCCUGUUUUAUACAAUUACUUUAUAUAAAUAAUAAUUAAAAAUUUUAUUAAUUAUAUAUAAAUUAAUUUACAUAUCCGGUGUAUUGAAAAAUUAAAACUUGUGUACUAUUAUAUAGCAAAUUUUCGAAAAAUAUAAAAUUUAAAAAUAAAAA